AUGGAGUAUACCUUGACUCAGAAAUGGCUUCGCCAAAACAUACAGCCAUAUUCCAGCAAAGAACGCGUUUAUUCGGAUACGGAUGCGGCGCUGUCGCGUUAUCCUUCGCUACGGCCCAAAUCGGACGUCUACACCUAUGACGAUGGUCGGACCCAGCUCUUGCUCUGUAUUCAUGGACUCAUUCCUAUCUCAUAUCGUGAUGCUUCCUACAAUAUACCUGUCGCGAUCUGGCUCACAAGGGAAUACCCGGCUCAGCCUCCCAUCGUCUACGUCGUGCCCACCAGCGACAUGCUAGUCAAGGCUGGGAAGUAUAUCGAUGUCAGCGGACGGUGUAAUAUUGAAUACAUGCAGAACUGGAGUCGUAAGAGCGAGGGUUGUAGCCUAUCAGGAUUGGUCGAAACUUUGCAGGAUUACUUCUCUCGCGAGCCGCCCGUGUACGCCAAACCCAAACAAGUUGCCAGACCCCCAAGUGGAAAUCCAGAGUAUGCACAGAAGCCACCACCGCCUUUACCCACAAGUCCACGGCCAGAGCAGCCACCACCACAAUCACCCAACCGCCCUGUAUUACCUCCCAAGCCGGGAUAUGCUUCAAGAUUUACCUCGCAUUCACCUUCACUAAGCCGUUCCUCACCUGUGCUUUCUUCACCUUUAGGAAAGGUAACAAUGAAGCAUGAAUAUCACCGCCCUCCUCCUUCUCUUCCGUCUCAUCCAAGAGUCGAUUUGGAAGUCCCGAGGAGUCCUCCUGCAGACCGAUCAUCUUCAGUUUCAAUAGCUUUGCCUGUUCCCUCUAUUUCGCCCCCUCAAAGUCAAUUCCGCUUCCACGAUCUUCGAUCCUCGGGUCCUCCCCCACGACCUCCCCCACCCGUCAUCGCAUCUCCACCUAUAUUACCCCCAAAUUUUACUAACACUUUACCGCCUCACGCUCUAACGCAGCCUCUGCAACCCCCAGGAGUGAGCCCUCCGCCCGUUCCCAACCUUUUAGAUGAAGAGUCUGUAGACGUUUCCUCGUCUGGCCCAUCAAACUUUGCUCCUCCGCCUCGACCUCCAAACCCUGAACUCCUGCGGCUUCACGAUCAAGUUCACCAGAAAUUAACUUCUGAACUUGCUUCAUUAGCUCAAGCGUUGUCCCUCGAUGCUGAGCGCCUUCGUGCGCAACAAUCUGAUUUACUCCUCGGCGAACCUGCCAUCCGUGAUGAAAUGGCGAGAUUAGAAGCUGUUCGAGACGUUUGUCGUAAUGUGAGCAGUCGUAUGAGAAGCACUGUUGAUCAGACGGAACGGAAUAUGUCUGAGCUUCGUCGGAAGGGGGACCCUGAAGUUGAUGAGCUUGUUUGCUCGACGACAAUAGUUCACAAUCAGCUCAUUAACCUGGUUGCAGAAGACAACGCUAUUGAGGAUACUAUUUAUCAUCUCCAUAGAGCCUUAAACAGCGGCCGCAUUGACUUGGAACGUUUUCUCAGGACUACCCGCAUAUUAGCGGAGGAACAAUUCAUGAAGCGGGCGCUGAUUGAAAAAAUACAGUCUGGUGUCCCCAUGAGUAUGUCGAUGGGAUCUCCGUGGUCUUGA